AUGAAGUUAAAAUCAUCUAUGUUAGAAGGUCGUCAACAAUGCAUAAUCGCAAUUGGAAAGACUGGCAACGGAAAAAGCUUUACAGGAACUAUUUUUGGUGCGCAAGAUGCGAAGGUCGGAAAUUCGUCAAGCUCCCAAACAACCAAAGUUACAGUUUAUGAUAUCGGUGAUAGCAACUUUUACGUCGAUACUCCAGGUUUUGAUGAUUCUGAUGAAACUAAGAGCGAUUAUGAUACUGCGCGUUUGAUUUUUCGUACUCUUUUGGAUAAAGAGGUACAUAAUAUAACGACGAUCUUAUGGUUCGUAUCGACUGGCAUCAAAGCAACAGCUUCGUUUAAAAGAGAGGCGAAGUUUAUAGAAUCAUUAGCAAGAGAUCAUGAUGGUAAUGUUUGGGACAACACUAUUAUCGUUACUAAAGGAGAUAAAAUUGCAAGUGGCCCUCGAGAAGCAGCUAAAGAAAUAGCCAAGAAUCAAUAUGAUAUGAAAAAAAAAAGAUGUAAUAAAUUGCCAGAUAAAAAUGAUUUGCUCGUAAAUACUCCUGAUUUUGCGAUCCUGUUAUUUGAAAGCCUUGAGAGUACAAGUGUUUAUGUUGAGAAUGAAUUUACAAGCAAACAAUUAAUUAAGUACAACAUUUUUAAAAGAUCUGAGCCUGAUCAAAUUCUUGCAAAAUACAAUGCACUAAUGAAAGAACAUCCUGCGAACCCGAUAAAGAUCAAUUACAGAAAAGUCAAAUGUUUGAAUUGUCCUGAAGAAACUGAUCCAAGAUUAGCGAUUCCAGAAUGCCAUUUAGAAGCAGAAUCAUUUCAUCCAGAGACAAUUAACAUUCAUUUAUAUAAAACUAUACAUGCGCAUUCGAACAAUCUUGAAGAAUAUCAUCCUGGUUCCUUAAAAACUUAUCAUCCUGGCUCAUAUAUGUUUGUGCAUACUGGUGUGCCUAUUGAUAGUCAAAUCGAUCUCAAUCCUGCCCAAUGUUUUAUUCGUGCCAUUACAUUUGGGAUUAUUAACCCUAUGAUUCCCGGAUACUGGAAAUGCUGUGGAAAAAAACAGAGCUCGCCUGGAUGUUUGGGCGUUUAUUCUUGUUGCAAUAAUGAUAAUGAUGGUUGUCGUAAUAAGUAUAAGUGUUGCGGUGGAGGUCUUUACAAUAAAGGAUGUGAAAAACGAUACCGUUGUUGCAACGGAUCUUACACGAGUGAAGGAUGUCAAUAUAUAUAUGAUGUAUGUAAGCAUAAAGCUGGAGAACAGCCUUGUUGUACUAUGUGCAAAAACUGUAAUCAAACGUUAGAUAAAAAUGGUUGUAAAAUGAGAUGUAGAAAUUGCAAAGGACCUCAAACCAUAAAAGGAUGUAUUAAAGCAGAGCAUAAUUUUAAUUUCUCUUAA